AGAUCACAAGGGCUCAGCCGCGGCUGGACCUGAGUCUCGAAACGUCAAGGUCUUUACCACAGUCCUCGUUCCGAGGGGAAUGAGGAGGCCCGAAGCUGCGCGGCCCCUGCCGCGUCGGGCCCCGGGGACGGCCGCCGGGCUCCAGGACCCCAGCUGAAGAGGCUACGGCGUCCGGGAAGGGCCGCUCGGCUCCUCCGACGGCUUCCGCUUCCGCCAAUCACCGCCCGAGGCCCUCCUCCGCCCCUUCCGUUGCCGGAAGGAGCCGUCGCCCCGAGCAACCGCAACGUCCGGCUUUCUGAGUCUGGCGGCGGGAAAGGACAUGAGUAAAGGCCGGGCGGAAGCUGCGGCGGGAGCACCCGGGAUCCUCCUGAGGUACCUGCAGGAGCAGAACCGGCCCUACAGCGCCCAGGACGUGUUCGGGAACCUGCAGCGGGAACACGAACUGGGCAAGGCGGCGGUGGUGAAGGCGCUGGAGCAGCUGGCCCAGCAAGGCAAGAUCAAAGAGAAGACGUACGGCAAGCAGAAGAUCUAUUUUGCGGAUCAGGGCCAGUUUGACAUGGUGAGUGAUGCUGACCUCCAAUGCCUGGAUGCCAAAAUCGUGGCCCUCACUGCUAAGGUGCAGAGCUUGCAGCAGAACUGCCGCCAAAUGGAGGCUGAGCUGAAGGAGUUAACCAGUGCCUUGACCACACCGGACAUGCAGAAAGAGAUCCAGGAGUUAAAGAAGGAAUGUGCUGGCUACACAGAGAGACUGAGGAACAUCAAAGCAGCCACCAAUCAUGUGACUCCAGGAGAGAGAGAGCAGGCAUACAAAGAGAGGCAGAAAUACUGUAAGGAAUGGAGGAAGCGGAAAAAGAUGGCUACAGAACUGUCUGAUGCAAUUCUUGAAGGAUACCCGAAGAGCAAGAAGCAAUUCUUUGUAAGUGGUAACUCUCUCUCUUCUUGCUCCCUUGGGGUCUUUGCCCAGGAAUGUCUUAUUCACUUGCCUCCCUGCCUGACAGGAGGAAGCUGGGAUAGAGACAGAUGAAGAUUACAACGUCAAGCUCCCAGACCCCUGAGGGGCCCUCUGUUGGUGCUAGGGGAUGGGAACAUAGAAAUGCCCUGGACUGGCUAACUUGUUUAGGUUGGCUUUUGUUGUUGUUUGUGGUGCUUUCCAGGGUACAGCAGAGCAGUCAGACACAUAAACUAGAGUAUUGGGUGGAGGGAGUGAGGACUGGUGACCAGGAGUGGAUGGUCACGGCCAUUUCAUUGUCAUGGUUUGAGCUUAACACUUAGACUCGGAACAGCGCUAAAGGAAAGCAUUUGGCAGUAUUUAUUGUAAUAUAAUUUGAUAUAAAAAUAUUUAAUUUCCUCUGGAACAUUAAACCUCCCAGACAUAAAACCUGUGAAAGGCAGAAGGGAGCUUGGGGGACAAGAAUAGAGAGAGACUACUAUACACCAGCGUUUGAAGAGCCUAAGGCUUCACCCAGGAUUCUCUGGGCUUAGGCACCCCAGGAGAAAUUUUGAGUAUCUUUACUCUUUCACCCCACCUCCAAGUCCUAGGAGAAAUGCCGGCAACACUGAGAGAUGGUAGAGAUCCAAAUACACUUGACGGAAAGGCUGGGGUGGUUUUGAGGCCCAGUUGAUUUUCCAAAAUUGUAACUUUAGCAAAAUUGCAUUGUUGGUGUUUAGAAAAAUAAAAAUUUCAAAUAUGUA